AUGCGGGUCGGACAGGACUGGCUUGCAUGUGGUAGUGUAUACGGCAUUCAGUACGGACAUUGUCAGGGCAGAAUUGAUACACCGGAUGAGAUUAUUCGCGUCAAAGCGGACAGACGAGAGGUACCCAGACGCGAUCGGCCACAGUCCGCUUCGAGUCCAGCCGAGGAGUGGGCAAGGGAGGUACGACCAAACUACUAGUAGAUGGCGAAUACUGAGGGUUCCGCCGUGAGCGUCGACAGAACGCUUGAGGUCGAAAUGAGGGAGAUGACAUAAAGAACCACGAAAAUCGUCGCUAUGACGAAGGAGUGAUAGCAGAGGAUUUAGAAACCAAUUCAAAACCGGGUUUGUAAAGAUAUGAUUGAGGGUCUCCACAUGAUCUACCACUAAACCCCAGUAGGACCCGUCUCGAAGUCAAGAAGCUGAAUGUUCGGGAAUGAGACCAUUAAAGGUGCCUUUAUGCUUUCCGGAUAUCAGUACCCUCUCCGUUAAACUACCCCCUUUUACACCGAGCAACCCCCGGGUUUGCUUCCGUCAGAUUGAGGCGGUUUUCUCAACGAGCCGCAUUACUAGCGAACACACACUAUACUCUUACCUGGUGCAGAGUCUUCCCUUCGACGUCACUGUCGAUGUCGACGACCUCCUCAAUCCCAUUCCUGCAACGACCCGUACACUCAGUUGAAGAAUGCCGUCAUCCAGAGAGUGGCUAAGUCGGCCAAUCGGAUGCUGCGGGAGUUAUUCACGCAGGUAGGAUCGGGUGAUCAAACUCCUUCGCAGUUUAUGCUCCACAUGCGUUCAUUGCUGGCUGAUCGUCAUAUGGACGACGCCAUAUUUCGACAAAUAUGGUUAGAUAAAUUGCCGGUUCACAUGGAGCAGGUUUUGGCCAUGCUGGACAUUAGCAUCUCUCUAGACAAAAUGGCCAAUCAUGCCGACAUGUUCAGUGAAUGCUACCCAAUCGGCGCGACAUGCGCCAAUAUUUAACUGACCUCGACUCCCGGCAGAUCUGAUAGAGUAGACAUUUCCUGUCCCGAAGGCGCUCAUUCACUAGAACGAGACACUUCUUGUUGGAGCGUUCAGUCUGUCGUUGCUCAUCAGGCAGAGUCACCACGCCAUCAGGUCCCUCAGACAGCCAAGCAGUCCUCACAGAGUCGACUAUGACGAACUAAAAGACCCUCUACGUCUUUUGUGCACACAAGUGAGCACCAUGUGCACUGUUAUAAAUAGCUUACAGUCGGCCAGAAACCGGUCACUCUCGCGCCGUCGUUCGAAAUCUCGUGGACGCCCCUCUACAACUCUGUGGUGGUAUCACCGUAUUUACGGUCCGAAGGUACGCAAGUGCAUUCCUCCCUGCACAUACCUGCAGGCCUCACCACAGGGAAACGACCGCGCCAGCCAGUAACGGCGACAGGUGCCGCUGGCCAGUCACGACCCAGUCGCCUCUUUUUUAUCAGUGACAAAUUGAGCGGCUUCCGUUUCCUUGUCGAUACUGGUGCCGAGAUCAGUGCCAUCCCGCCUUCAAGGUGCCACCAUCUCAAGCCUUCACAGUUUUCAUUGCAGGCUGUCAAAAGCACUACCAUCAACACUUACGGCCAACGGUCGCUUACUCUUGACAUCGGUCUUCGGCGACGUUUCCAGAGGGUCUUUGUGCAGGCCGACGUUAAAGCUCCAAUUAUGUGGGCAGAUUUCCUGACACAUUUGGCUUUGCAGUCGACCUCAAGCAUCGCAAACUUGUCGAUACCACAACUACACUCUUUACCGUAGGGAUUGCUGCUUCUGAACCCUCGGUUAGCAUCCAAUUGACCGUACGAAGUUCACCCUUCGCUGACAUUUUGAAGCACUAUUCGUCUCUCACUAAGCCCUGUCAAUUCACCGGGGAGGUUCAGCAUACGGUUAAACACCAUAUAAUCACUACGGGGCAAUCUGUUUACGCUCAUCCUCGCCGUCUUCACCCCGAAAAACUUCGGAUGACAAGGAAAGGAUUUGGGCAUAUGAUGAAUCUUGCAAUUAUUCGUCCUUCCUCCAGCCCACGGGCUUCUCCUCUCCACAUGGUGCCCAACAAAUCGGCUGAUGUUUGGAGACCAUGCGGCAGCUCUCGCGCUCUCAACAGAGCCACUGUUCCCGAACGAUACCCUAUUCCCCAUAUGCAUGAUUUUUCUCACACGCUAGCUGGACAAACUAUUAUUUCCUACAUAGACCUCGUGAGAGCAUACCACCAGUUUCCGGUCGAGGAAGAAGACAUCCCUAGGACAGCCGUCACAACGUCUUUCGGCCUGUUAGAAUUCCUUCGCAUGCCUUUUGGUUUGCGCAGCGCGGCCCAAUCCUUCCAGCCUUUCAUUGAUGAGGUCUUUCGAGGUCUCUCAUUCACUUAUGUCUACAUAGACGACAUACUCGUCGCAAGUUCUUCGGCAGAGGAACAUGCCUCGUAUUUACGUCAGAUAUUCCAACGUUUCCAACAACAUGGUCUGCAAUUAGACGUUGACAAAUGUAUCUUUGGCGCCUCCUCCCUAGAUUUCCUUGGUCACCGCGUCCACCGACAUGGAAUCACAGCGCUGCUAGAGAAGGUGCCCAGCACCCUGACCUUCUGCAGUCUAAAGAAAAGCCGAUCGAACUUCCUCCAGCAGCUCACUCAGCCUUUGAGGCAGCUAAGAAAGCUCUUGCUGAUGCCACUUUGCUUCACCAUUUCAGCCCCGAUCCUCACGCACAGCUGAUCUUGACCACUGACGCUUCCAACAGUGCUGUCGGCGCAGCCCUGCAUCAACAGGUGAAUAACCAGUUGCAGCCAUUGGCUUUCUUUUCACAGAAGCUACAAUCGGCGCAGACUCUCUACAGUACUUUCUCUCGCGAGCUUCUUGCCAUCUUCUUGGCCAUUCGUCAUUUUCGACACCUCAGAGAGCUCAGAGAUUUUUCGUCCACAUCAACCACAAACCUCUCACCUACGUCCUCAAGGCCACUCCAGAUCGGUACUCGCCCAGGGAAAUUCUUCGUGUGGACUAUGCAUCGCAGUUAACUGCAGAUUUCCGCUACGUCCGAGGCAGCGACAAUGUCGUUGCUCAUGCAUUAUCCCGUCCGAACAUCAACACACUUACAUCCGAUUUCGAUUUGGCGAAGCUUGCAGACCUCCAAUCAGGCAACAAGUCCACUGACGACCUGCGUUCUACUACUUCUUUGCAACUUCGAGAUGCACCACCUUCCGCAUCACCAGGUACGAUUUUGUGCGACUGGUCCACAGGCACUCCUCGACCUGUUGUUCCACUAUCCUACCGCAAGUCAGUAUUUGAUCAUUUCCAUUCCCUGUCACAUCCGGGCAUCCGUGCCUCUCGUAAGCUAAUCGCCGCUCGUUUUUUCUGGCCGAAUAUGAACUCUGACAUCGCUCUUUGGACUAGGCAGUGUUUAGCCUGCCAGAAAAAUAAAGUACACCGCCACACAUUUUCUCCAACAAGUACAUUCGCCGUUCCAGAUGUUCGAUUCCACCACGUCCACUUGGAUUUAGUUGGUCCGCUACCCCCUUCACAGGGGUACACGCAUAUUCUAACAGCGGUUGACCGUUUCAAACGAUGGUCGAUUGCCGUUCCCAUCUCGGAUACCCCGGCAGAAAAUAUCGUCAUGGUUUUUCUGACGCACUGGAUUUCAACUGUUGGUGUUCCGGCCACCCUUACCACUGACUGCGGGAGUCAAUUCCAAUCUGGGCUCUUCCGUGAGUUCACUAAACUGCUCGGGUGUGCGCACAUCACAGCUACGGCAUACCACCCUGCCUCCAACGGCCUCGUGCAGUGUCUACACCAUAAACUCAAGUCCGCACUGAUGUCCCAAACAGAAUCAGCUUCUUGGAGUGACAAUCUUUCUCUUGCGCUUAUGGGCAUCCGAUCUUCUGUCAAGGAGGACAUCCAAUGCACUGCCGCCGAACUUGUGUAUGGUACACCCCUCCGUCUGCCCGACGAAUUUGUGCGGUCUUCCACGACGAACAUCAACAUUCCAAGAACCUUCGUACAGCAGUUGAAACAACGCAUGGCUCAACUGCGUCCAACCCCCACUCGUCUGACAUCCAAACGUGUGUUUGUGCAUGAGGACCUUAAAUCUGUUCCGUUCGUUUUCGUCCGGCAUGCCACGGUUCGCAAGUUUCUUUGUUCCCUCUGUGAUGGCCCAUAUAAGGUUCUUCAGCGGAUGGACAAAUAA